AAUCGCUUAACUUUCUCCAACAUAAUUUGGGCAACCAGCCAACCCUCUUUUCUUCUUUACAAGAGGAACAAAUUCUACUGUUUAACACUAGUUGUCAUGGCCCAGUUUCAAUCUUUCUUGUCUGCUUUCUAUUCAAUUCCCCAUUAAAAAGUUAGACCCUUUCUUUAAAACCCAUAAAUUAUUUUUCCUUCUUCCUCCCUAAUUCCUUUAUGAUGUUGAAUUGAGUCUAAAAAUGGAUACAACAACCUCAAAAUAUCAGACUUUUGUUGAAGGGUCAUCAAAGACUAAACCUUUAUCAUCUUCUGGGUUAUCAGAUUCUUUAAAUGGUCUGAAAUUUGGGCAAAAAAUAUACUUUGAAGAUGUGGGUGGAACUUCUUUAGGAAUGUCUUGUUCUUCAUCUUCAAUAUCAUCUAAAAAGGGAGGAAAAGGGGUUAUGCAAAGUGGGUUACCACCAAGAUGUCAAGUUGAAGGUUGUAAGGUAGAUCUUAGCGAUGCUAAACCUUAUUAUUCAAGGCAUAAAGUUUGUUCAAUGCACUCUAAAUCUCCUCUUGUAAUUGUUAAUGGUUUGGAACAAAGAUUUUGCCAACAGUGUAGCAGAUUUCAUCGGCUUCCUGAGUUUGACCAAGGGAAACGUAGCUGUCGCAGACGACUUGCUGGUCAUAAUGAGCGUCGCAGAAAGCCACCACCCGGGUCUUUGUUAUCAUCACGCUUGGGCCGUCUUUCUUCAUCCCUGUUUGACGAUAAAACCAGUAGAAGUGGCGGGUUUCUAUUGGACUUCACUUCGUAUUCCCGAGACUCUAAAACAGAUCUGUGGCUGGGUUAUAACACCUCCGAGCAGUUGUCUGGAAUUCAGUCCCGGUCCAAUAUGUGGCCAGACAAUUCUAUGGAUCCUUCCUCCAAGGUGUUUCCACAAGGCUCGGCUAGUGGUUCUGUCUUUUCUUUUCCUGCUGGAGAAUGCAACACAGGGGUCUCUUCUGACUCGAGCUGUGCUCUCUCUCUUCUGUCAAAUCAAAAUUGGAGCUCCGGAAAUCGAGCAUCAGAUACUGGACUAGGUAACUUGAUGAACCUUGAUGGAGUGACCGUCUCGCAAUGUCCUGCAGCUCAUACUGUUACAGUUGCACACUUGCCAAGCAGCAACUCACUGUGGGGUUUUAAGGGAAAUAACGAUCCUGACUGUGGUUUACAAGCUGUGCCAUCCGGUCAUCUGGGGCUAGGGCAAACCUCCCAGCCGCAUUUUAGCGGUCAGUUUCAUGGUGAUCUUAUGAUGGAACAGGUCCCAAAUGGUGGACGACAUUAUAUGGAUGUCGAGCAUUCUAGAGUCUAUGACUCGACUGCAUCAAAUCAUGUCGACUGGUCACUUUGACCAAUCUGGCUCGCUGCUUUGCACUGAACAAGAGCAUGUUUUCUCAGUAAGUUCUAUUUUCGUUGGUGUGUAACAGUCGGAUAUUGUUAUGUAACUGUUGCCUGCACCAAAAUGUUUUUAACUUGUCUGAAAUAAUGAUUCGCUUCGUGCCACUUACGGCAUUUUCUGUUCCCUAAGAAGGAUCAACUUUCGACAAUUUAUUGUGUGUUUCUGUUUAAUCGGAACUAUUCCUGUUAUUUUCUGAA